AUAUACAUCAUUAGCCGUCCACAGACACAAAGUAGAUCUCAAAAGUGUUUCAGCAAAAUCCGAAAAAAAAGUAGAUCUCGAAGUGAAAGAGAGAAAGUGAAAGUCAUGGUGGAUGCUACGCAGAGGAGUAGUAUCAAAGUUUUAAUGCUUCCAUGGUUAGCUCAUGGCCAUAUAUCUCCAUUCCUGGAGCUAGCCAAGAAGCUCACUCAAAGAAAUUUCCACAUAUUUUUGUGUUCUUCUCCUGUAAAUCUCAAUUCCAUCAAACCAAAACUUCUAUCUCAUCCAACUUUCUCCAUUUCUAUACAACUAGUGGAGCUUCAUCUUCCAUCCCUUCCUGAUCUUCCUCCUCAAAAACACACAACCAAAGGCCUCCCACCACAUCUCAUGCACACUCUCAUGAAAGCCAUGGACAUGGCAAGCUCUGACUUCUCCAAAAUCCUUGAGACCCUCAAACCAGAUUUGGUCAUUCAUGAUUUUUACCCUCUUUGGGUACCUGAUUUAGCCUCUUCUCUAAAUAUCCCACAUAUUGCUUUUCUUACCAAUGGGGCAACCAUGAUGUGCUUUGGAACUCAUCAUGUGAAGAACAUCAACAAAGAUGAUGAAUUCCCAUUUCCAGAAAUCUGUUCAGAUGCUUAUAUAAAAAAGUUUACACAAAUGAUUCAGACUGCCACGAAAGAUGGUGGUAGUAAAGCUCUUCGAUUAUACGAAACAUCUUGUAAUAUCAUUUUGAUAAAGUCUUUCAGAGAGCUUGAGGGAAAAUAUAUGGAUUUUCUCUCUGAUUCUUUUGGCAAGAAAGUUUUACCAGUUGGUCCUCUUGUUCCAGAAUCUGUCCAUGAUGAUGAAGGCAUGGACAUCAUCAACUGGCUAGACAAGAAAGAAAAAUCUUCGACCGUGUUCGUGUCGUUUGGAAGUGAGAGUUACCUCUCUAAGGAAGAUAUGGAGGAGGUAGCUCAUGGUUUAGAGCUUAGCAAUGUGAAUUUCAUAUGGGUGGUUAGGUUUCCAGAGGGAGAGAAAAUUAAGCUAGAAGAUGCUCUGCCUCGAGGGUUUUUGGAAAGGGUAAGAGAAAGAGGAAUGGUUGUUGAAAAUUGGGCACCCCAAAUGAAAAUUCUUGAGCAUUCAAGCAUUGGUGGGUUUGUGAGUCAUUGUGGAUGGAGUUCAUUCAUGGAGAGCAUGAAAUUUGGUGUUCCAAUAAUUGCAGUGCCUAUACAGUUUGAUCAGCCAUUCAAUGCUAGACUAGCAGCAGUUUCUGGGGUUGGUUUGGAGGUUAAGAGGGACGAAAAUUGGAAGCUCGAAAGGGAAAAUAUAGCAAAAGUGAUCAAAGAUGUGGUGGUGGAAAAAACAGGGCAAGAUAUUCGAAGAAAAGUGGAAGAAAUGAGCCAACACAUAAAAACGAAAGCUGAUGAAGAUGUUGAGUUUGUUGUAAAACAACUUUUACAAGUUUGUGGAAUGUGAAUCUUAAGCUUCUUAUGCUUUGUUAUGAUCAUCAAUUACCUAGUACUAUUGGUGAUAAAAAAUAAAAAUUAAAAAUUACUAUUGAUAAUAAUAAGGAAAAUAAUGUUGAUCUUAAUCAAUAAAUCUUCCAAUGUCUUAGCCAAUCAAUUAAUACUGAUGUGUCGUUUCAUCAUUUAAUGUUUCACAGCGUGAAAUAGUUUGUUUUCAUAAACUAGUUGAGCAUUCAACUGAAGCCAUCGGAAGUCUAACCAAUAUUAUUGCAAUAAUGGCUACCCACCCCCUUGAAGAGGAGGGCAGUUGGCAGAUGUGGAUGAUGAUUUGGAGUUUAUUAUCUCCAUUUUUCUGAAACUAAGUAGGGAAAAAAAAAGGAUUUAAGUAACUUUUGAACAAAAUGAGGACAAAUCACUAAUCGUACAAGAAAAUCCCCUACCGAUAGAAUUUCUACAUUUUUUCGUUCAACCUUUAUUCAUAGAGCUUCACCAUAUAGUGUACUACAACUCGCUACAAAAAAAUUCAAUUCAAUUAGAUUACAUUUCUCUUUGUAAUAGUUGAUUAGGGCAUUUACCCCCUUCCCAAAAAAAAGAAAAAAGAAAAAAAUUGUUUAGGGGCCAGUGCAAUUUAGUCUCUGUUUCACCACCAUGGAAUUUUUCCAUCUUUUGUGGAACUUACGGCUUGUAUCCCUUCUUUUUUACUUUAAGAAAGUCCCAGAAAUACUUCUCAGCUCAAGUCCCUUCCGGUUUCCAGACGUUAUACAGUUAAGGAACUUGGUUAUCAUGAACUAUAUUCUUUUCCUUUUUAAAAAAGAUGAAAAAUUAAAACUCUAUACCAUUUUGAAUUCUCUAAAACCCAAAAUUCAUGGACUUCACUUGAGAAUUUCAUCAUCACAGCGACCUAAACCUAAUUUUCAAUAUUACAAAUAACAGGAAUGAUAAAAAAAUUAUUUAAAUUAAUUUAUACGAGAAAACAAGAAAAGGGAAAAAGAAAAUUCUCACCAUAAGAGUUUAUUAAUAAUUAAUAUUCAAUAACCUUGAGGCAGCAUAAAAGAAAAUCAACAGUCUACCAACACCACAUCAGUUGCAGUGAAGAAAAAAGAGAUCGAGAUCAUUCAAAUUUUAAAUAAUGAAAUGCGAAUCUAAAAUUUACAAACGAAUCGAAGAACUGAAAAUUUUAAAAAAUUUUAAAAAAAUAAAAAAAUUCAGUGCCUGAUGCAUCCCGACACACCGGAAAGGAACAAGCAUAGAAGCUUUUGUUUGAGAGAGAUACAUAACCGUUUUCCUUUUUUAUGAUACAAAUAGCAGAGUACACAGAACAGAGUGAAUAGCACAUUUAUCGCCAAAACAGAAAUCUAUGGCCUACAUGUACUAGUACAAAGCAUAAACGUUCCUUACACUAGAUAGAGAGAGAUUGAUACAAAAUUGUGAAAACUUAUGCUGGCAGUGCGACCAUAAUUUUCCCUUAAAAAGAAACAAAAGUAAAAGAAAAAGCCCAAAAAAAAAAAAA